AUGCUACGGGAGCCAUCUUUGAUUCCAGACCAGGCUUUAGCCACUCAAGUCUACCAAUGCACAAUAAAUGACUGCUGUUAUGGACCACUGGUAGACUGCAUCAAGCAUGCUAUUGGCCAGGAGGCUGAGGAGCUCCUACAUAACAAACUGAAGGAGAGAAACCUGUCCUUCUUAGAUGAAAACCAACUGCGAACCAAAGGUUAUGACAAGCCUGACAUUAUCCUGAAGGUGCCAAUUGCUGUGGAUGGCCAUAUCGUCCACUGGAUUGAGAGCAAGGCCUUGUUUGGGGACGACCACAGCCUUCGCACCUACCUGAAUGAGCAGUUCUGGAGGUACUGGAACAGAUUUGGUCCAGGACUGGUCAUCUACUGGCAUGGUUUCAUUGGAGAGCUGGACAGCUGGACAGCCAGAGAGACAGAGGCAUACUGCUCAAAGACUGCUUCCCCUGUGACAUCGUGACCCUCUGCCACUGGACCAGUACAGCCAUGACUGACUGACUGACCGGCUGACACUGGCCUGAGC